CUUCCUCUUCAGCCGCCGCCCGCCCACACCUGCUAACCAAAAUGGCGAACUUCACACCCGUCAACGGCAGCUCGAGCAACCAGUCUGUGCGUCUGGUCACAGCCACCCAUAACCGCUACGAGACCGUGGAGAUGGUGUUCAUCGCCACGGUGACAGGCUCGCUGAGCCUGGUGACUGUCGUGGGUAACAUCCUGGUGAUGCUGUCCAUCAAGGUCAACAGGCAGCUGCAGACGGUCAACAACUACUUCCUCUUCAGCCUGGCGUGCGCCGACCUCAUCAUCGGCGCGUUCUCCAUGAACCUCUACACCGUGUACAUCAUCAAGGGCUACUGGCCCCUGGGCGCCGUGGUCUGCGACCUGUGGCUGGCCCUGGACUACGUAGUGAGCAAUGCAUCUGUCAUGAACCUCCUCAUCAUCAGCUUUGACCGGUACUUCUGCGUCACCAAGCCCCUCACCUACCCAGCCAGGCGCACCACCAAGAUGGCGGGCCUCAUGAUCGCCGCCGCCUGGGUGCUAUCCUUCGUGCUCUGGGCGCCUGCCAUCUUGUUCUGGCAGUUUGUGGUGGGCAAGCGGACGGUGCCGGACAACCAGUGCUUCAUCCAGUUCCUGUCCAACCCGGUGGUGACCUUCGGCACGGCCAUCGCGGCCUUCUACCUGCCCGUGGUCAUCAUGACGGUGCUGUACAUUCACAUCUCCCUGGCCAGUCGCAGCCGAGUCCACAAGCACCGGCCCGAAGGCCCCAAGGAGAAGAAGGCCAAGACCUUGGCCUUCAUCAAGAGCCCCCUGAUGAAGCAGAGUGUCAAGAAGCCCCCGCCCGGAGCAGCCGCCCGGGAGGAGCUGCGCAACGGGAAGCUGGAGGAGGCCCCACCGCCAGUCCUGCCCCCUCCGCCACGCCCGGUGGCCGACAAGGACACCUCCAACGAGUCCAGCUCAGGCAGUGCCACCCAAAACACCAAGGAACGGCCACCCACAGAGCUGUCCACCACAGAGGCCACCACGCCCGCCACGCCUGCCCCUUCCCUACAGCCUCGGGGGCUCAACCCAGCCUCCAAAUGGUCCAAGAUCCAGAUUGUGACGAAGCAGACGGGCAACGAGUGUGUGACAGCCAUUGAGAUCGUGCCUGCCACGCCAGCUGGCAUGCGUCCGGCGGCCAACGUCGCCCGUAAGUUUGCCAGCAUUGCCCGCAACCAGGUGCGCAAGAAGCGGCAGAUGGCGGCCCGGGAACGCAAGGUGACGCGGACCAUCUUUGCCAUCCUGCUGGCCUUCAUCCUCACCUGGACGCCCUACAACGUCAUGGUCCUGGUGAGCACCUUCUGCCAGAGCUGCAUCCCUGACACGGUGUGGUCCAUCGGCUACUGGCUCUGCUACGUCAACAGCACCAUCAACCCCGCCUGCUAUGCCCUCUGCAACGCCACCUUUAAAAAGACCUUCAGACACCUGCUGCUCUGCCAGUAUCGAAACAUCGGCACUGCCAGGUAGGCAGGCAGGAGUGCCACAGGAGGUGCUGCCGGCCCCGUGUGUGUGCUGGGGGGCCACAUGGCUCGGCUGCUG